AUGCAAGGCCAGGUACCUGGUCAAAACUUGGUAAAUGUUCCACCUCCUCCACCACCAGAAGAGCCACAACAACCAGCCCCUAAUGAGGGAGAUCAGUUUGUGGAUGUUGUGGGUGUUGAGGCCGAUAUAGCUCUACCCGCAGCUCCCGAAGUUGACCUUUAUGCCCAUGAGAACUUGGAGGGAUUUGAUAUUGAAAUGGAAGAUAAUUUGGGAGAGGCUCAAAUGGAGGAUCAUCAAUUUGCAUGGGCUAAUGCAAAUGUCGACGGGUUUGACCCACAAGGCCAUGGUCCCGUGGGGCAAUGGGAAGAAGCCGAGCAUGAUGGCGAGGGAGAGGAAGAAGAAGAGGAGCUGGAAGAAAUUGAGGGGAGUUCUUGUGUCAGUACAUCCUCAUCAUCAUCUUCUUCAUCUUCGUCAAGCGAUCAAGGCUCAGAAUCAGGAAGUGAGAACUCAGUCAACCAACCUCCACCUGUUGUUCCUCCAGGACAGACCUUGAUGAUAGUGGAUCAGGACAUACUGCAGGCUGUUAUGGCAAGGAUGGGGAUAAAUGCUGCAGAACUGGGUAUUUAUCCAUAUGGUGGCUGA